GGUAUAUCCGAUUGUUUAAGGUAAAAUAUAGUUAAGUUUGACCAAAAAUAAAAUAUUUCAUUUUAGUAAAACUGGACAAUAAUUAUGGGACGGAGGGAGUAUUUUGCAAAAAUUUAAAACGUGGUACCAAUUUGAGGUGACUACUUCUUUCUAUAAAUUUCCUACAAUUUUCUUCAUUCAAAAGCCCAAUUGAUUAUUCUUGAAGAUGAAAUCUUCUCUAGCAUUACUAAUGCUUCUUGCAAUGGCGCUGAUCAUGGCACCAUUAUUAGGUCAAGCCCUUCCGGGUCAAAGUGAAAAAGCCGUAGACAAAUGGUUCAAAAAGCAAGCUCAUGCAAAGCCUAAAAUGUCAAAGAUCCGGCUCUUUAUCCACGACGUUGCCAGCGGGCCGGAUCCGAGCAUCGUUCCGGUUGCAAAGGCCAACGGCACGGCCAAAUCGAGAACUCAGUUCGGAGUCGUUAACGUCGUCGACGACUUGCUGACGUCACGCCCCGGAGACAAGUCCGAGGAAGUCGGUUAUGUCCAAGGCGUCUAUGUCUCGGCUUCGAAGGAAGCCGUUAGUUUGCUUGUGGCACUUAACUUUGUGUUCACGGACGCCAAGUACAACGGCAGCACUCUUAGUGUUUUGGGACGGAUCGCGGAGUUUUCCGACAACCGGGAGUUCCCGGUGUUGGGUGGUUCCGGUAAUUUCCGGCUGGCGCAAGGUAUCGUCGUCGCUAAAGUUCACUCGGCCGAUGCAUCCACCGGAAACCGUAUUGUUGAGUGCCGAUUCCACGUUUUGCAUUAUGGAUGAUCAAUUUUAAGGUUGAUGUGGAAAAAAUUAUGACAUUUUAGUGAUCCUUUCUUUUCUGUCACAUGAUAUGAUGGUAACAAUAAAACACUAAAAUGAAACUUCGUUUUCACUUUGAAUAACAUUGUACCUCGUUUGUAUUGGUUGGGAUAUGGCCGAUGGGUCCAUUCACUUGUUUUUUUCUUUAAGAUUCUUCAUCACUAUUCCAAUAAAAUCAACUAUUAACAAAAAAUAAAAAUAUUGUUUUAUUUUAUAAGUCUUUUUUUAAGUGGAGGCAAGAAUAUGUUUUAUUGUAUUUAUUGAAGUUCUGCAUCGUUUGUCUAAUCUAUAAUCGAGUGGAAUGAUUGAAAUCGAGUUAGCUUGUGUUACGCUUAUCAACAUGAAGUAUAUAUAUGUUUCGGAAAAUUAAAUCUAGUGAUACUAACAGACUAUUAUAGUGACACUAAUAGUCUUUAAUUAGCGUUUCAUUUGGCUAACGUUGCAUCCUUAAGUUCUGAAGUGCUUCAACGUCUUACUCAUAUGCCGGUGGAAACUUUAC